AUGUAUCCCGCCCACGGGCCAAAAUUUCCAAGCGCUUCACCCUUCCCAGUUUACAAUUAUUUCGCGUAUGCGACAUACUACUUUAGCCAUUAUAUCGUCUGCAUAGAUCCUCAUCCACCAUCUGUAUACUACUCCGGAGGACUCUGCGGAACAAGGAACAUACAACAUAUAAACAUAUUGAGCUAUCGAACCAUGGAGCUGGGUAGCAUUGUUGACUUUCUUGAGAACAAAGUCAUAUUAAUCACUGGUGCUACUGGUUUUCUUGCGAAAAUUUUUGUGGAGAAAAUCCUCAGAGUUCAACCAAAUGUGAAGAAACUCUAUCUUCUGAUUAGGGCACCUGAUACUGAAUCUGCCUUGCAACGCUUCAAUACUGAGGCAGUAGCUAAGGACUUGUUCAAGCUCUUGAAAGAGACACAUGGUGAAAACCUGCAAAAGUUUUUAUCCGAAAAAGUUACUCCGGUUGCUGGAGACAUCACUUAUGAGGAUAUGGGAAUACAAGACAGCACUUUGAAAGAAGAAAUGUGGAGAGAUAUUGAUGUUGUUGUUAAUGUAGCUGCAAGCACCAACUUUGAUGAAAGAUACGACGUUGCCCUACCCCUUAAUACGUUUGGCGCAAGACACGUUAUGAACUUCGCUAAGAAAUGUGUCGACAUCAAGCUGUUUCUCCAUGUGUCCACUGCCUAUGUUUCCGGUGAGAAGCCAGGACUAAUGCUUGAAACUCCAUACCAUCUGGGAGAGUCACUCAAUGGAACAACUGGGCUCGACAUCGAUCAAGAGAGGAAGAUUAUUGAAGAGAAACUAAAAGAAUUGAAAUGUGAUGAUAAUGCAAACGAGAAAUCCAUUAAAAUCUCCAUGAAAGAUUUGGGCAUGGAAAGGGCAAAUCACUAUGGUUGGCCAAAUACAUAUGUUUUUACCAAAGCCAUGGGAGAGAUGAUUAUCGGGCACUUGAAAGGAGACAUGCCGGUGGUUAUUCUUCGUCCGACCAUUGUCACCAGCACCUACAAAGAACCCUUCCCCGGCUGGGUUGAAGGCAUUAGGACCAUUGAUAGCUUAGCUCUUGGUUAUGGAAAAGGCAGGUUAACUUGUUUCCUUGGUGAUCCUCAAGCUGUAUAUGAUGUGGUACCCGCUGACAUGGUGGUGAAUGCUAUGAUCGUGGCAAUAGCGGCUCAUGCAAAUCAAACAUUUUCUGAAACAAUUUACCAUGUGGGGUCUUCUGUAUCAAACCCUUUAAAAUUCACAAGAAUUCAAAAAUCUGGUUACCUGUAUUUUACUGAGCACCCAUGGAUUGAAAAGGAUGGUACUCCUGUCGUUGUGGGUGAAGUUACAGUGUUGAAAUCGAUGGCUAGCUUCCAUAGAUAUGUAGCACUUCGUUAUUUACUCCCAUUGCAGGUACUUUGGUUUAUAAAUCUUUUAUUUUGCCAAGCUUUCGCGAGCACGUAUAAGAAUGUUAAACGGAAGAUCAAUUUUGUGCUGCGACUAGUUGACCUUUACGAACCCUACCUGUUCACAAAAAGCUUCUAUGAUGAUAUGAAUACUGAAAAGUUACGUAGGGCAGUUAGAGACAGCGGAGAUGAGGAGAAAUACUUCUACUUUGACCCAAGGGUAAUCGAUUGGGAAGACUACUUCCAGCAUACACACCUUCCUGGUGUUGUAAAACAUGAAUUUAAAUGAUUUAAAUGAUCAAAUAUAUCAUAAGUAUGAGUGCUUUAAUAUAUUUGAGGCGCCCAACAGUAUUCUCGUGCAACUAAUGUACAAUGGACGAAAAAGGAAAUUCGUUCCAUGUACAAGUCGUAUUAGUAGAUUAUAUAUGUUGUUGAUUGAACAACGAUACAAACUGCAUUUAAGAACCAUUUAUUGUCUUUUUCCGUGUAAAUUUUCUUAAAAUUAUAUUUGUACGAGUCAUGUAUACCUUGUGGUCCUAUACUUGGUGAAUAAUGAAGUGUGCAUCAAAUAAUAACAAAUUAUUGCUUACAAACUGCGAGCAAAGCAACGUAUUGAUGAAGUAUUAUAAUUUGCAAAGGGAAAUCCAGAAAUGUGUUAAGUUUUCUUCUCAC